GUUCACCGGGAUCAGCACCAGUUGAUGUGAGGUGAGGCAGGGGUUGGCUCCCUCAGGUUGCCAGAAAACGAUGAGCAGGGCAUAUAAUAGUCAGUCUUGUUGAAGCAUAGUCAUAGGAAUCUCGCAAGGCAACCUACUGUAAAAGCAAACUGCAGAAUAUAAUGAGUUUUUGGAAACGGAGCCAGGACCCUGAAGCAGUCUUAAGUGCAGUACCACCCCCUGAAAGCAAAGGAUGGUGGACACGACUGAAGGAAACGGCGGGGUUGGGUGAUGAGCCAGAGGAACUUGAGAUGGUGGAGCCUACGCUACUGCAACAAGUCAACCAGGCCACGACUCUGAACAGAACCCAGAGGAUUUACGGUUUCCUUAUUUUCCUGGGCCUGGCUCUACUCUUUGGCAUGAUGGCUUCUUUCUUCUUUCUGAGUCCCACCCGCUUUGCGGUGCUCUACACCCUUUCCAAUGUCCUCAUGAUUGGCAGCACGAUGUUUUUGAUGGGCCCCGUGAAGCAGAUUGUGAAGAUGUUUGAGAAGGGGCGCCUGCUGGCCACUGUGGUAUACAUAGUGGCUAUGUUCCUCACGCUCUUUUCAGCCAUCAAGCUACACAACUUCAUCUUGACUCUCGUAUUUUUCAUCAUUCAGAUGCUUGCCAUGAUCUGGUACAGUUUGUCGUACAUACCUUUUGCAAGGGAGAUGGCCUGGAAGAUGUUCAGCCAGUGCUUCCGCUGA